GCUCGGUUCAGCUCGGACACGCACGUCAAAGAAGACGCCGAAGAAGAAAGAAGGCAAGGGUGGGACGAGGCAGCUGUUUACUGUUUGCGGUGCGCUGUUGGAUGGAGUGUUGAGCGAGGAAACACAAUUGCACACACCAAAAAAGAAACAUGACAACAAUCAGAGAGAAGGCAUCCCAAGGUUCCGGCUUCAUCUCAUUUUGGACUUCUCGCUAUACAUUUGAACGAGCUCCCUCUGUGUAGAAGGAAGGGCCUUUUUUUCCCCAUGGCUGUGGCUGAGAACAACCCAGAGGUUGCCGUAUCUUAUUGCAGCCUCUGUCCAAGUAAAGAACUACCAAAGCCAGAUUGCCCUCAUCCCCGCCCGCGUGCUGCAGCUGCCGCGGGCAGGCAAAGCCAGAAAACGCCGUGCAGCCGGAAAGAAAAGAGACGACUUCAGAAGGGCAAGAGAAGAGGCCAAGUGGAGAAGGCGGGUGUCAUGGUGAAGAGGGCCUUGAGUGGCGGCAAGCGGCAGUGGGACAAGAAACAUUACUGCAUGUUCUGUUGCCGGCCGCAAGUUAAGAUUGCUCGCCACCUGCUCAGAAAACACGCGGAUGAAAAGGAAGUUGUGGCAGCGAGCGUCCUGCCUACAGGCUCCAAGAAGCGCCACCUGUUGCUGGAGCAACUGCGCUGCAGAGGCAACUUCCAGCACAACAUUGAGAUGAUAAGACAGGGCAGCGGCGAGAUUGUGCCUUGGCGACGACCCUCUCAGGAAGUGGAUGCCAGGAACUACCUUCCGUGCCCGCGCUGCCUCGGCUUCUUCCUGCGUGCUGACCUCUGGAAGCACCAGGUCUCUUGUCAUAGGAAAAUGGCCUACGACCCAUCCAAAGAUUCAAGUCACCCUACAGCUGAUCCAUCAAAGGCUUCCUCCUCUGAGCGAACAAGCGAGGGCUGCGCAAACUCGCCAGGAGACGCAACUCUCCAUCCUUCAGAUGAAACCUCAAGGUCUAACCAGUUCCGGCCUUCCCAGGCGGAACCUCCCAGGAAGCGUUGCAGAGUCCAGGCCGAAGCAUCUCGCCUACUGCCCAUAUCCAGCGUGGCCUCUGAGAGCUGCAGCGCAAUUCUACACCGCACGAACCUGGACCACGUGUCACACCAGGUGAAAUCUGAUUGGUUGAUCUGUAAGUAUGGGAACAAACUGAUGGGGAACCAAGAAAGCAGCCAAAUGAGAACCUCCAGGAUCUCUUGGCUCCAGGAUGCCUAAGCCUGGCACUGGCCGCCGCCAGGAAGUCAUCCGGUUAUCAGUGGAGCUGCCUCCCACUGUCGGUGAAGACCAUGCUGAAGGCUGUGUGUGAGAUUGCCAUUGGGGAGAGCCUUCAAAAUGGCGAUGGGGAGACCGCAGCCAGGACCAAAGACUUUUCUCACCUCCUGGGGAGGGACUGGGACCACCUGAGGCUGCCGACCACAAAGUCAGCAGAAGAGGAAAAACCAAGGGAGAAAUCACUGGCCCAUUCGAGAGGUGAAAAAAAGUCCCAGGAUGAUGGAAUUAGCGAUCAGAACUCUGACCAUCGAGUACUGAUCCUGUCGAAGAGCUCAAGCACAACAAUGGAGUCGACACCGCAAAGUCCCGUGACAACCCCUUCCGUGCCAAAGAAGGUCCACCGCCGUCCGUGGUCGUCUGCAGAGAAAGAGGCUGUCUGGAGACAGCUGGGAGUCCAUGUGCUGG